AUGGGCUAUGAAACCAAUGUGACUUUUGGAGUACCGAUCUACAAGGCAUGGAAAGACCUUCUGUCUACAGCGACCGAGCAGGUCGAUAUAGCAUCGUUUUAUUGGUCUCUUACUGGUGAGGACAUCGGUGUCAAGUCUCCCACUGACCAGUUUGGUAGAGACUUACUGGAACAAUUAAAAGUGCUGCCAAAAAGAAACGUGUCCGUAAGAGCCGUGAGCAGCAUCCCUUCUGUGGCGGCCAACUCAACAGACCUGGACAUUCUGAGAGAAUAUGGAGUACACGUCAGACGAAUUAACUUUGGCAAACUGACACGAGGAAUUCUUCACAGUAAGUUCUGGAUUGUGGACGGGAGACAUAUCUACAUCGGCAGUGCUAACAUGGACUGGAGAUCUUUAACACAGGUGAAGGAACUUGGAGUGGUGAUUUACAACUGCACCAGUCUGGCCACAGACCUCCAGAAGAUCUACCAGUCAUAUUGGGUUAUGGGUCAGAGCAAUGCUACCAUACCAGAUCCAUGGCCCUCUUCUUAUAACACCUCUAUUAAUAAAGACCAGCCUCUCCAUGUGAACCUCAGCAAUGUGCCCAGUAGAGUUUACAUCUCGAAUUCUCCUCCUGCCUUCUGCCCGGACUCACGCACCAAAGACUUGGACGCGAUUUUGUCAGUGAUCAGCCAGGCACAGCAGUUCAUUCAUGUAGCAGUUAUGGAAUACUUUCCUGCAUCCAAGUUUUACUACCAUAACAGGUACUGGCCCGUUCUUGAAAAUGCACUAAUACAGGCGAUGUUCGAGAGGAACGUUUCCAUGCGUCUCCUGAUCAGCUGUGGUCGUGACAGCGACUCUUCUGUACUCCCCUUCCUUAGGUCUCUCAAUGCCCUGAACACUGCGCCAGCUAACAGGAUAGCAGUGAGACUUUUUAUCGUUCCAGCGGGUAAUGAGACUAACAUACCCUAUAGCAGGAUAAACCACAACAAAUACAUGGUUACAGAUAACGUUGCGUAUAUUGGUACCUCUAACUGGUCUGCAGACUACUUUAACACUACCGCUGGUGUCGGCUUGGUGGUUUCCCAAGAUGCUUUGCAUUCCCCCUCAUCUGAAGACACGUUCCUGGGGCAGCUGACUGCUGUAUUUGACCGGGACUGGAGCUCCAGAUUUGCAGUGCCACUGGAACAACUGGGCCACAACCCUGACUGUGCUUUCUCUAAAGCUUAA